AUGAAGAUAUGGAAGAACAGCAACUCCACAACAGGUCGCUCCACUUUAGGAGCGAUAAAGCACGCUCGAGUUCACGAGAUCCGUGGUCACCAGUUUGUUGCGACAUUCUUCCGACAGCCAACGUUCUGCUCGUUGUGUUCCGAUUUCAUGUGGGGACUUAACAAGCAAGGAUACCAAUGCCAGCUGUGCUCGACAGCGGUGCAUAAGAAGUGUCACGAGAAGAUCAUAAUGCACUGCCCGGGAUCGGCGAAGAACACCAAGGAAACGAUCGCUUUGAAGGAGCGUUUCAAAGUGGACAUUCCUCAUCGUUUUAGGACUUACAACUAUAAGAGUCCAACUUUUUGUGAUCAUUGCGGCUCCAUGCUUUACGGCCUUUUCAAACAAGGUCUCAGAUGUGAAGUGUGCAACGUGAACUGCCAUCAUAAAUGCGAGAAACUCAUGUCGAAUCUAUGUGGAGUGAAUCAGAAACAGCUUUCCGAAGCGCUGUACGAGAUCAAACGAGGCACAGCAGCCAGCUCCAGUUGUCCGCCAGCAAUUGGAAAUCUUCACAUCAGCAGCAACGAUACGAAACAUACAAAUGGAAGUUUACCGAAUAAGCUGAAAAACUUUUUCAAGGCGCAACAACAGUACAGUAUGGAAAAUCAUGCCGAACAGGAUGAGUAUAUGAAUAAUAUCUGGGCUGGUGGCGAUGGACCAGUGAAGAAGUUCGGACUUCAUCAUUUUGCGCUGUUGAAAGUGCUUGGAAAGGGAAGUUUCGGCAAGGUGAUGCUUGUGGAAUUGAAAGGAAAGAACGAAUUCUACGCAAUGAAAUGCUUAAAAAAGGACGUGAUUCUCGAGGAUGACGACACCGAGUGCACCUAUAUUGAGCGACGGGUUCUGAUUCUGGCCAGCCAGUGUCCAUUCCUUUGCCAGCUCUUCUGUUCGUUCCAGACAAAUGAGUACUUGUUCUUCGUGAUGGAGUACUUAAACGGUGGCGAUUUGAUGCAUCACAUCCAGCAGGUGAAGAAAUUCGAUGAGAAUCGAACCCGCUUCUACGCUUGCGAGAUUAUCGUUGCGUUGCAGUUCUUGCACUCGAACAACAUCAUUUAUCGCGAUCUAAAACUGGACAACAUUCUUCUGGAUUCGGAAGGUCACGUAAAACUGGCCGAUUUUGGCAUGGCGAAAACGGAAAUGAAUCGAGAAAACGGCAUGGCGUCGACGUUUUGUGGAACUCCCGACUACAUCAGUCCGGAGAUUAUCAAAGGGCAACUAUACAACGAGGCAGUUGAUUUCUGGUCGUUUGGUGUUUUGAUGUAUGAAAUGUUGGUUGGGCAGUCGCCGUUUCAUGGCGAAGGAGAAGACGAGUUAUUCGAUUCAAUUCUCAACGAGCGACCGUACUUCCCGAAAACGAUCUCGAAAGAGGCGGCGAAAUGUCUUAGCGCUUUGUUCGAUCGCAACCCAAAUACUCGACUAGGAAUGCCGGAGUGUCCGGACGGUCCGAUUCGGCAGCAUUCAUUCUUCCGUGGAGUUGAUUGGAAACGGUUUGAAACUCGACAAGUCCCACCUCCGUUCAGACCCAACAUCAAAUCUUCAUCUGAUUUCUCGAACUUCGAUGAGGACUUCACGAAUGAGAGGGUUGCACUUACGCCGGUACACGACAAGUCACUGCUAGCAUCCAUUGAUCCAGAGGCAUUCCUGAAUUUCUCAUACACAAAUCCGCAGUUUCUUUCAUGA